AUGGCUUCCUGCCAUGCGUGUAACCUCAAGGUGCUGGUGGCCACUGUGGGUGGGCUGCUGACCGCCAUCAUUUGGGAAUUGGGCAUCUGGAAGAGUGUAAUCAGGAUCCAGAGAGGUAAUGUCAUCCUGCUGAACAUUUACCCCACAUCUAGCACCCCUAUAGAGUUCUGUAAGAAUGGUGGAGCCUGGGAAAAUGGCAGAUGCAUUUGUCCAGAAGAGUGGAAAGGACGGAGAUGUACAAUCAUUAAUUUCUGUGAAAACAGUACCUAUGAGAAUUUUACUUUUCACAGAAUUCCAGUGGGAAGAUAUGGCUCUUCCUUGCAAACAUGUGACAAGAACACUCUGAAUGCCUUCAAAUGCCUGAAGGAGCUCCCCUUAGUAUCCCCAGUGUUUCACAGGCUUAUUGAGCAAACUGAAACUUAUUCCUUGUCUUUGUCCAACACGUCAGUGGUAGAACCUAAUAUAGCAAUACAGUCUGUUAAUUUCUCCUCAGAAGGCACUGUGGGAUCUACAGGUGUUCUCUUCACUGUGCUGAAAGGAACUAGGGAUUCUCUGGUUUCUGGUUCCACAGUUGUAAAUGCAAGUGUGGACAAACUGAAUCUGAAUGAACAGGCUGAACUUCAGAUCUUGCUCAACACCACGAAAACUAAUGCCAAGGCAUGUGGCUUUGUAGUGUAUCAAAACAACAAGCUUUUCCAAUCAAAAACUUUUAUAGCUAAAUCACAUUUUAGUCAAAAAAUUAUCUCAAGCAAAACUGAUGAAAAUGUGGAAGAUCAGAGCACUUCUGUUGAAAUGUUUUUUAGUCCAAGGUACAAUGAAAAAGAAUUCCAGCUUCAUUCCUAUGCCUGUGUCUAUUGGAAUUUUUCCCUGAAGGAUUGGGACACACAUGGCUGUCACAAAGAAGGAGUCAUUGAUGGAUUCUUGCGCUGCCGCUGCAACCAUACUACUAACUUUGCGGUAUUGAUGAGUUUCAAAAAGGAAUAUAAAUAUCCUGAAUCACUAGAUGUAUUUUCCACAUUUGGAUGUGCACUGUCCAUUGCUGCUCUGGCUCUCAUAAUUAUAUUACUGGUCAGCACCAGGAAAGUCAGAAAAACCUCAGUAACCUGGGUAUUGGUCAAUCUGUGCACAUCAAUGUUGAUUUUCAACCUCCUGUUUGUGUUUGGAAUCAAAAACUCCGAUAAGAACUUAAAGACCUAUAGUGACACUGAUAAUACUGACUUGAGCAAUAAUGAAAUGUCCAGACAAGACACCGUUGUCAUCUCGAAUCCCACAUGCACUGCGAUUGCUAUCUUGCUGCACUAUUUUGUGUUAGUGACAUUUACCUGGAUGGGACUCAGUGCUGCCCAGCUCUAUUUCCUUCUUAUUAGGACCAUGAAGCCUCUUCCUCAGCAUUUCAUUCUUUUCAUCUCUUUAAUUGGAUGAGGAGUCCCGGCUAUAGUGGUAGCUGUGACAGUGGGAAUUAUUUAUUCUCAGAAUGGGAAUAAUUCACAGUGGGAGUUAGACUACUGGCGAGAGGAAAUCUGCUGGCUGGAAACUCAAGAAAGCAGUCGUUUGAUACCAAGUCCAUUGUUGUGGUCAUUCAUCCUACCUGUGACCAUUAUCCUCAUCAGCAAUGUUGUUAUAUUUAUUGUCAUUGUAGUCAAAGUGCUGUGGAAGAAUAAUCAGAAUCUGAAGAGCACAAAGAAGUUUUCAGUCCUCAAGAAGUUUCUUAGCACAUUAUCUGUUGCAGUCGUUUUUGGAGUUACCUGGAUUCUGGCAUACUUAAUGCUAAUGGAUGAUGAUGGCAUCAGGGUCACCUUCAGCUACUUAUUCUGCCUUUUCAACACUACUCAGGGAUUGCAAAUUUUUAUCCUCCACACUGUCAGAACAAAAAUCUUCCAGAGUAAAGCUUCCGAAGUGUUGAAGUCAUUGUCGUUAACUACUGGAGUGCUGCCAUCAGUGACCCCACUGAGGCUGUGUGUAAGGAUGUAUAACACGCUCAGGCCAUUACCAGCCCUAAAUGAACACUUUUGGCUGCUGAAGCCAUCUAUACUUACCAAGGAAAUGGCAUCGUCUGAAAGUGACCAAGAAAACCCAAGCAUCUAG